GUUAUACAAUUAUGAUAUUUUUAAUUGUGUUUCAAUUUACAUUAGAAUUUUGUUACAUGUUUCUGUAAAUUUUUUUAAUACUAUAAAUUACACCAGUAGGGCUCUGCCCAGUGUGGAAAAUUUAUUUGGAAUCUUGAAUUGAGCUCUCUCCGCUAUUUGAGACUCAUAUCGGAAAUGCAGUGAUUGAUUGGAAGAAUCGAAUCCGAAGAGGUAAAGAAGAAGCCCUCGCCGACUCACGCCCUGCCCGCGAGCCACUUCAGGCGGCUAAUGACACAUCCUGUUUUGGGCAUAGAAACAGAGAGAAGAUGUGGUAAGCUCAGUAAAAUGGUGAGAAUCAGUUCCAAGAAGUUAUGUGGUCUAUGCUUGAACUGUGGUAUUCGCUUAUUUCCUGGCAAGCAAAAUCCUACCAAAAAGGAAUCUUUUUUUCAUUUGGAAUCUCAUAUAACAUCAAAUCCCCUGCUCUUUUCCACUCUGGUUUCCCCAAAGUUUGUAUCAAAGCUCAACUUCAUUCCAGAAUCAGAUAAUCCUAUGUCUGGCGAUGGAAAGUUCAAUACGAUGAAUGAAUCGAAAAACGGACGAGAAUUUAUUUACAUUAAUAAAGAAACUGAGUUUUCUCGAGAAAGUCAAUUACCAGAUCAUGAUGAGUUCUCUGCUGAUGUUGAGAAGAUGUAUAGAAUGCUUAGAAAGUACCAUUCUAGAGUUCCGAAACUGGAAUUUGCUUUGUAUGAAUCCGGUGUUGUAGUUAGGUCUGGACUGGUAGAAAGAGUGCUUAAUCGCUGUGGUGAUGCUGGGAAUUUAGGGUACAGAUUCUUUGUGUGGGCAUCGAAACAGCCAGGUUACAGGCAUAGCUACGAUGCCUAUAAAUCAAUGAUUAAGAUUUUAAGCAAAAUGAGGCAGUUUGGAGCUGUUUGGGCUCUUAUAGAGGAGAUGAGGAAAGAAAAUGCUCACCUCUUAUCACCUGAGGUUUUUGUCAUUCUGAUGAGGAGAUUCGCAUCUGCGAGAAUGGUGAAAAAGGCCAUCGAAGUGUUGGAUGAGAUGCCAAAAUAUGGUUGUGAGCCGGAUGAAUAUGUUUUUGGGUGUCUGUUGGAUGCUUUGUGUAAAAAUGGCAGCGUAAAGGAAGCUGCUUUGCUGUUUGAAGAUAUGAGGAUUCGAUUUGCGCCAACAAUAAAACAUUUUACAUCACUAUUAUAUGGUUGGUGUAAAGAAGGAAAGCUGAUGGAGGCAAAAGUGGUGCUGGUAAAAAUGAGGGAAGCUGGUUUUGAGCCUGAUAUUGUUGUUUACAACAAUUUGCUUAAUGGAUACGCAACAGCAGGUAAGAUGUUGGAUGCUUUCCAUCUCAUGCAAGAGAUGAGGAGGAACGGGUGUGAGCCAAAUGCAACUUCAUAUACCAUCAUAAUUCAAGCUCUCUGUGCUCAGGAGAAAACGGAAGAGGCUGUGAGAGUAUUUCUGGAUAUGGAGCAUCGUGGUUGUGAGGCUGAUAUCGUUACUUACACCACUUUGAUAAGUGGAUUUUGUAAGUGGGGUAAGCUUGAUAAAGGCUACGAGCUUCUAGAUAGUAUGUUGCAAAAAGGGUAUACUCCUAACUCAACAACUUAUUUGUACUUCAUGUUAGCGCAUGAGAAAAAGGAGGAAUUGGAGGAGUGUCUAGAACUUAUGAAGGAGAUGCGGAAGAUCGGCGUGUUUCCUGACUUAAGCAUAUAUAACACAGUUAUUCGUUUGGCAUGCAAGUUAGGGGAGACUCGAGAUGGUAUGGGAAUGAUGAAUGAGUUAGAAGAAUAUGGCAUUAGUCCAGGGGUUGACACCUUUAUAAUCAUGAUUAAUGGUCUCAUUGAGCAAGGGUGUUUGGUUGAAGCUUGCGAUUAUUUCAGUGAAAUGAUAGGGAGAGGUCUUCUAGCUUCUCCACAGUACGGCAUCCUGAAGGACUUGUUGAAUUGUUUGUUAAGAGCGGAUAAACUUCAACUGGCUAAAGAUAUCUGGUCUUGUAUAAUAGCUAAGGGUUGUGAGCUUAAUGUGAAUGCAUGGACAAUUUGGAUUCACGCACUCUUUGCAAGUGGGCACGUCAAAGAUGCUUGCUCUUACUGUGUGGAUAUGAUGGAUGCUGGGUUGAUGCCUCAGCCGGAUACCUUUGCUAAGCUCAUGAAAGGUCUAAGGAAGCUCUAUAAUAGACAAAUUGCGGCAGAGAUCACAGAGAAAGUAAGGAAGAUGGCUGAAGAGAGGCAGAUGACUUUCAAGAUGUACAAAAGGCGUGGUGAAAGAGACUUGAUAGAGAAAGCUAAGGCAAAGGAGGAUGGGAGAAAGAGGAGAGCACGCAAGCGCCGUUGGGGAGGUAGAAGUAGGAAGGCUGGCGAUUUAUGAGUUGAGUGCGGGGAAUUGUUACCCACUGGGUUCAUUAUAAAAGCAUGAUGCCAUUUAGACCUAGAAAUUUGGUAAGUCCUUUUCAAACUAUCUCUCUCUCACACUGAUUUAUUAUCUGCUAUGUGGUGAUCAUUUAACUGGAUUUAUAAUUAAAUAAUUUACUUAAUCGUAAGGAAAAACCUCUCUCUGGGACUCGUGAUCUGUUGAAAAUAUGUGAGUGUUAGUUUUUUACAUCGGAAAUUUCUAUGAACUACCUGGUAAGUAACUAUGUCCACUAAAAAUAUGCCAAAUAGCUAGCUUAAUGUAAUUUGGUCUCUCUGCAUUCAGCUCUUAUGGGUUUAGCCUGGUUAAUUUUUUCUUAAGAUGUUAAUGAGAUGCGUUUUCUGAUGAUUUAGUAAAGAUUUUAUAGGUUUUGUUUUGAGGAUUUGGAAAUUGGAAAUGAUAUUAAUGUUUCGAUCCUAGUGUUUUUGAGAUUGUAAUUGUAUCAUUAGUAGAUUUAAUUAAAUCCUAUUCAUUUGAAUAAAACUGAAAUAUAUUUGGAGAACAAGUCUUUUUUCUUUAUAUUUCCCGGGGGAGAGGGAGUAACAGGUCAACAGCAAUCAAGGUUUUUCCAGGCGGAUGAAGUAACUACUGAAGCCUGUGGAUAAUUGUUGUUUAUUUUUCCUACUGUUUCAGUCACGAUUUAUCCAUAAUAGUAUUUAAAGUUCAUUCGUUU